AUGAUAUAUGCCAUUGAGGAAAUAAAUCGCAAUAAAAACUUGCUUCCGAAUACAACUCUGGGAUAUAAAAUCUAUGAUGAUUGCUCGUCAUCCGCGGUUGCGUCCAAAGCUGCGCUCGCUCUGGUCACCAGUGAAGAACAACGAAUGAAUUUCACUCAAUGUGAAGCUUCCAACGUAGCGGCCAUUGUUGGCUGUGACAUCUCCACAUCUUCAAUCGUGGCGGCAAGGGUAAUCGGACCUCUUGGCAUUCCCAUGGUCAGCUACUACUCGACAUGUUCCUGUCUCAGCGAUAAGCAAGAAUAUCCCACGUUUUUUAGAACGAUACCAAGUGAUAACUAUCAAUCGAAACUUCUCGCUGAAUUGGUGAAAACCUUCGGCUGGAAAUGGAUUGGCACAAUUAGAAGUAACAUCGAUUACGGUAAUUUUGGAAUGCAAGCAUUCGUCGAACAGGUCCGUAAAACCGGCGUUUGCAUCGCCUACUCUGAAUCAUUUUACAGGACCGACCCAGCUGAGAAAAUCAGCAAAAUAGUGCAGGUGAUCAAACAGGCCACCACAAAAGUCGUGGUAGCUUUUGUUGAUACUGGAGAUAUGCGAGUUUUACUUCAGGAAAUUUGGCGUCAAAACGUAACAGGCAUACAGUGGAUUGGGAGUGAAGGAUGGGUUACGGAACAAUUACUCCCGCCUGAAGAAAGUGCAAGAUUUCUGACUGGGACAAUCGGCGUAGCAACCCCGAGAACAGAGAUAGCUGAGCUCAGAGAUUAUCUCCUUAAAGUGCAUCCCUCUAAAUUUGGUGGGAGCAUUUUGGUGAAGGAGUUUUGGGAGAAGGUAUUUGCGUGCAAUUUGACAAAGCACAGCAGUGUUGCAUUUCGAAUGCGGCAGUGCACCGGAAUGGAACAGUUGGAUGGGUUAGAAAAUGCUUACCUUCCAGCGAUAAUGGACGGAAGUUCCUACCAUGUGUACAAAGCGGUCUAUGCUGUCGCUCAUGCACUUGACGAUAUGCUAAACUGUGAAGAAGGCUAUGGUCCAUUUAGGAAUAAUACAUGUGCUCACAUUUCAAACUUUGAACCCUGGCAGCUACUCCAUUACCUCUACACAGUAAAUUUCACAACUCGGACUGGAGAAAUCGUGCAUUUUGAUAGAAAUGGUGAUCCGAUCCCUACGUACGAAGUAAUUAACUUGAAAAAGAAUUUGGAGGGUGCUCUUGAAAUUGUAAACAUUGGUUAUUAUGAUGGUUCGGCACCAUUAGGAUAUCGGCUUCUCUUGAAUAUGGACGAAAUCUUGUGGAGUGGUAUUGGAAACAUGAAAAUUCCAAGUGCCCUCUGUUCAGAACCUUGUCCUCCCGGAACAAGAAAGGUCAGCAGGAAAGGUCAGCCAAUAUGUUGUUAUGACUGCGCAGAGUGCGCCGAUGGUGAGAUCAGCAACGCCACAGAUUCCACUGAUUGUAUGAAAUGCCCUUUGGAAUACUGGUCCAAUCAACAAAAAGAACGAUGUGUUCCCAAAAAGAUUGAAUUUCUUUCCUUCCAAGAAGUUCUGGGCUAUGUCUUAGUGGCACUUACAUUAGUGGGCAUGUGCCUCGCACUGGGUACAGCUGCUGUAUUCUACCAGUAUCGGGAAACUCCUAUCGUUCGAGCGAACAAUUCGGAGCUGAGUUUCCUCCUUCUCUUUGCCCUAACGCUUUGCUUCCUGUGCUCACUUACCUUCAUUGGGAAACCGACCGGAUGGUCCUGCAUGUUGCGGCGAACUGCGUUUGGGAUUGUAUUUGUUCUCUGUAUUUCCUGUAUUUUGGGGAAAACCGUUCUUGUUGUGAUCGCUUUUAAAGCAACUCUUCCCAACAACAACUUGAUGAACUGGUUUGGACCCAUGCAGCAACGGUUAGGCGUGUUCGUUCUUACAUUUCUUCAAGGUUUAGUUUGCACAAUCUGGCUCAUUGUAUCACCUCCUUAUCCACUGAAAAACGCGACCUAUUAUAGAGAUAUCAUUAUUUUGGAAUGUGACGUGGGCUCUUUAAAAGCCUUUUAUUUUGUAUCCGGCUAUAUUGGUCUUCUCUGCACUGUAUGCUUCCUGUUAGCUUUUCUUGCCCGGAAACUUCCAGAUAAUUUCAAUGACGCGAAGUAUAUAACUUUCAGUAUGCUGAUCUUCUGUGCUGUUUGGAUCACUUUUAUUCCGGCUUAUGUCAGCUCUCCUGGAAAGUACACGGUGGCUGUCGAAGUGUUUGCUAUUUGGGCGUCGAGUUUUGGUUUACUUGUCUGCAUUUUUGCUCCAAAAUGUUAUAUUAUCUUAGUGAAACCGGAGAAUAACACAAAGAAAAACAUGAUGGGCAGAGGGUCUUCACAGUAA